AUAGAUCUAGUAAAAUCUAGAAAGUUCUAUAUUGAAUAUCCUAGAACGGAAUCUAGAUUUAGAUCUAGAAUCUAGAUUCUAUCUACAGUUCUACUGCAAGAUGAAGAUCUAAAGACUAAAUUUUAGAUCAUCUAAUGCUGUUACUAGGAAAAGGACGCUGCUCGUCUAUGCUUGAGAAAAUCACAAUCGAUUGAGCAUCAUUGACAUUCUCAGCCAAGCAUGAACUAGCUUAUAAGUAUAGGCUACGGCGCUACGCACAUUGACAGCCAUUAUAUAUGAAUAUGUGAAUGCGAAGAGCGAAUGGUUGUUUCUAGAUCUACUUUAAUCUUAUAUUGUUGGCCUAACUUUAGAGUCUAUAUAUAUUUACUUAUUAGUAGCAUAUAUUAAAGCGCAGUAACCAGUGUAGUGUUAUUCAUUUGCGUAGAUUAUAGAUUUAAAAAUCUAGCAGAUUCAGAAUUUGAUAUCUGGACUGAGAAAAAAAUCAGUGAAUCAAUGACUGCAGAAACAGUACCCAGCAGCAGAAUGGAAUACUGGGGUGAAAGAUGGAAUGAAUUAGAUAUUGGCUUUCAUGAAUCUGCUGUUCAUAGAAUGUUAGUGAAACAUAUUGACAAACUUAUUCCACAAGGAAAAGCAAACAAGGUCUUUUUUCCACUUUGUGGUAAAACGCUUGAUAUGAAAUGGUUAUAUGACCAAGGAUUCACAGUUGUUGGUGUAGAAGGUGUGAAAAGUGCUAUCACUCAGUUUUUUUCAGAGCAAAAUAUUGAUUAUACUGAAGAAGAUAUGAAACAAAAUGGAGAGGAUUUUAAACUUUUUAAGAGUAAAGAUGGCAGAGUUAAAAUCUAUUGGAUAGAUAUGCUAAAAUUCAAUGUAGACUUAGAAGGCAAAUUUGAUGCAAUUUGGGAUAGAGGAAGUCUAGUAGCACUUAAUAGACAGGAUGUACCUGCAUACAUUCAAAUUAUUAAAAGUGUAUUGAAUUCAAAAGGACGUAUUUUGUUAGAAGUAAUGGAAUAUGAUGUUUCAAUAAUGAGUGAUGUUAACAGUCCAUCUCGGCCACCACCACCUCACCCUAUGUAUGAAGGAGAGUUGAAAAAUCUUUUUGAACCAGACUUCUCUCUUGAGUUUUUGGAACGAGCUGGGAGAAAAGUAGCUGGCAAAGAUAUUCAUGUUGCUUAUUAUAGCAUCAUUCAUUUGCACUAGAAAAAAAUGAUAUUUCAUUAUGUUUUGUGUGCUAAUUAGAAGUUAAUCUUUUACUUCAAAUGGUAUUGUAUUCUUAUGUCUUUCUUACAAAUUAGUCUUUUUAUUGUUGUCAUAUAUCUGUCCCCAUUGUAUACUAAAAUGUUUAACUUAUUGAUGAAAGAAUUAACGUUUAUUAUGAUCUUUUGAAUGGAGUCAAUGGAAUAAAACUUUUUGAUGUGUUCUUUUCCCAACUCACUUGUUCAAUAAAGGAGAAUGAACUUAAUCCUAGUCUCAUAUCUUACUGAAGAUAAACAAAUUAUCAAGACUUAAUCUGACUCUACCUUGUCCAUUCAAGACUUAGUGUAAUAGACAAAAUAUAAAAGAAAAAUAUCUUUCAGUGACAUUAAAAGCUGAAUCUAAUUUUCAUGCAUUAUAGAAUAUUAAAAAAAAGGCUAAAGUAAGAUGGGUUUUUUUCUUCUUCAUUUUUAUUAUUUUGGAAGGUUCAGGUGGCUAGACCAAAAUCUGAGAUAAAACUUGCUGUGGUUUCCAAAUCAGGCAGCUCUCCAUAUAGUUUUUCUUCUAUAGAGGGGUUAUGGGGCCAGUAUUUUGUUCGGUCCUCUCGAUAAAGAACACAGUUUUGUAGGAUGUGGUCAGCAUUAUCUGAUGACAUUCCCCAAAGGCAAAUUUGUAUAGUCCAAAUUUUCAGCUUCUGGAACAUAUAUUGUCUCAUUCUGUCCAGUUCCGAGACAAAAAAAUAGAUGUUGGUUGUUACGUGAUAGCUUCACCAAAACGAAAUUAAUUACUAGCAUUCCCUCUAUACUAAAUACAUGUCCUUAAAGAUGCUUGUUUGGUUUGUUUUUUUUUGUUUUUUUUUACACCAAUGAUUUUUUUUUUUAAUUGUCAUUAACAUAUUAGUUUUAUAUGUAGUGCUAGCUUGCACAUUCCAUGUUUAAAAUCACAUUAAUAAACACUAAAUAUAAAAGA